GGCCGCAAUAACCUGAUUCAGCAGAAGAACAUGGCCAUGCUGGCCCAACAAAUGCAACUAGCCAAUGCCAUGAUGCCUGGUGCCCAGUUACAACCAGUGAACCAUAUCCCUCAGACAUUCCAAAAAAGAGGGGGGGAGGGAUCUGCAUAUUUCAUCGACACUGAUUCCAUUUAUCAAUACCAAACACUAAAGUUCCUGGGAUCAGUUGCUGGCUCAAAUGCCUUCCUUGAACAGGGAGCUUCUUCCAUUUAUGAGAGGCCAAUGUUUUCAGUUGCACCAAGCCUAGCCACCAACGCUUCAACAGCCUUUAACCCCUAUUUGGGGCCAGUUUCUCCUGGCUUGGUCCCAGCAGAGAUCUUGCCAACAGCACCAAUGCUGGUUGCAGGGAAUCCUGGUGUGCCAGUUCCUGCUGCUGCUGCUGCUGCAGCACAGAAGCUAAUGCGGACGGACAGAUUGGAGGUAUGUCGAGAGUAUCAGCGUGGCAACUGUAACAGAGGAGAAAAUGAUUGCCGGUUUGCUCACCCUGCUGACAGUGCAAUGAUUGAUACCAACGACAAUACUGUUACUGUCUGUAUGGAUUACAUCAAAGGGAGAUGUUCAAGGGAAAAGUGCAAAUAUUUUCACCCUCCAGCCCAUCUGCAAGCUAAGAUCAAAGCUGCCCAGUACCAGGUCAAUCAAGCAGCAGCUGCUCAGGCAGCAGCUACUGCAGCAGCCAUGACUCAGUCGGCUGUCAAAUCACUGAAGCGACCCCUCGAGGCAACCUUUGACCUGGGGAUUCCUCAAGCUGUACUCCCCCCAUUACCAAAGAGGCCUGCGCUUGAAAAAACCAAUGGUGCCACUGCAGUCUUUAAUACUGGUAUUUUCCAAUAUCAGCAAGCUCUUGCAAACAUGCAGUUGCAACAGCAUACAGCCUUCCUUCCACCAGUUCCCAUGGUGCACGGCGCUACGCCCGCCACUGUGUCUGCAGCAACAACAUCUGCCACAAGCGUCCCCUUCGCUGCAACUGCCACAGCCAACCAGAUUCCCAUAAUAUCUGCCGAACAUCUGACUAGCCACAAGUAUGUUACACAGAUGUAGACACUUAAUCAUCAAACAAUCAUAUGACAGAGAAGAGGACAGCGUGGUUGAGUGAAGAAUCAGGACAGGUCAUUAGCCAUAAUGUAUAUACCGUAAAAUAACAGCACCCAAAUUUCCUCAGCAGUAAGACAUCCACAUAUUGCAUGUUAACAAGAUGAAAUGACAACUUGGAAAUUCACUGCACACUGUUGCCUAUAUACUUUGUACAUUGAAUAGAUAUUUGUGCUGGGGUGAUCAUAUUGUCUAAAACAACCUUCCUUAACUUGAUGCCCUCCAUUUGUGUUGAUCUAUAAAUCCUGGAAGUUAUAGACCCAAGAAAGCUAAAGGGCAUCAAGUUGGAGAAUGUUAGUGUAAAGACUACAGCAUUGUCCAUCUUUUCUAGCACACAAGUAUGCAAUGCAUACCAAGCUGACGUAUGCAUUGGUAGACUCUUUUCCUACAUAAUCAUGUACGUCAUUUUGAAAAGACAGACUGUGAUGUAGCCAUAGAUCUAUAAUGUAUUGGUACGUCUGUAGACCAAGAUAUAAUUUUUAAAGUAAGUUUAUUAUCUCAAGGUUUACAAAUAACAAAAGGUGCACCUUGUAUUUAAAAUUGCCAUUAUAGAAGAGACCGUGCAUGCACAGUAUAAUUUUUUCCUUUUUUGUUUUAAGAGUAAUAUUUUUAAAUGUAAUAGAUUGUAAGAAGUGGUAAAAGAGGUAUCUGACAGAGAUGAAUGUGCCAAGUAAAACCACAACUGUGUAUAUUUUUAAAGCACAUCAAUGGCUUUAAGUACCGUGUUGUUAAAGAUUUUCAUGAAGUGCCAUAGACUGUAAUCAAAGUAGAGUAUUAUUUCUUCAGUGUUACUUUAAGAGCCACAUUUUUGCUUGUUUUGCUAGUAGGUAAUCAGUCAAAGGGCACCCUUCCGUUUCAAACCAAAGCUGUCUCAGAAAUGGCCACCUCAGUUAAUAAUAGACAGCACAUUUUUUGUUAUUUUUUUUAAAGCAAAAACAAGAGUGGAUAUAUAUGGAUCAUUCCUACACAUACUGGAUAUAUAAACCUAUAAAUUAUUAUAAACCAUUAUAGUUGCAAUAGUUUUUGCAAAGUAUACUGUAUAACAAACAAUAUUUUAAAAAGGGAAGAGCCAUUUCUGAGACAAUAUUAGAAAAAGUCUAAAUAAUUUUAUUUUGCUUCAAUUUUCUAACCUCUGUCAAAAGUCCAAGAGACUCUAAAUGUGUUGAAGGAGAUGGGUUUUGCUUUUCUGAUCCAAUGCAUCACUUCAAAGUCACACACUUAAAAAAAUAGUGACUCUAAUCAUGGGAAAAGCACUGACAUCAGAUGCCUGAUUAAAAAGAAAACCAAAAUAAUCAACAAUCAAUGAAAAUGUUAAUUAGAGUAGGCGCUGGGUGGGUUAAAUAUCGGGUGAGUUUUAUAUGUGAUUUCUUCUGUUGAGAUUUAACUGCUUUAUAGCCUUAGAAAGCCUUUACAAAUUGAAACAAAAAUAGAUGUGCAUUCAAGUUUUUAAGAUGGAUUCAUCCAAAGGAAAUCCUUUGUGUGGUUUGGAUGUUGCAGUUAGUAAAGGAUAUAUUUUGCUCUGUUCAGCAAAGCUCAAGGUGGGGGCCAGGUCUCUGGUAGCGUCGCGUAGAAUGGGAGAGGUGAGGGUUCGGUUCUAGAAUUCUCCAUACUUCCAAGUUUACUUGCAAGUUUUUAUGCUUGAGAGAUGCUUUCUAGUUAAAAAAAAAAAAAAGAAUGAUGUGUUGAUUUUACUGAUUGUACUGUACAUCUAUUAAAGCCUUAGAUUAUUACAUUACGGGUUAAAACCCAUACCAAUGUAAUUUCAAUCGUGUUAAGAAAGUAUAGGUGACUUCACAUGUUAUUGUAGUUUACUUACAUUUAGAGAAUAUGACUUAUUUUUCCUUGUUAAAAUGGUAGUUUUUAUUUCGUACAUUUAUUAGAUCAUUUUCAUUUUCUAUUACCAGAUGAAUGCCAUUUAAGUUUAUAGAAUUUUGUUUUAUUAGAUUUUACUGAUGAAUUUUUUUCAAAAUAUGAAAAAAAAUUAAAAAUAUUUUUUCUUCAUAGCAUAUGCAGUUUUGAAUUUACAUGUAGUGUCAUGAAUAUUCGUAUUCUUGUUAACUAAAUGAUUUAUAUUUUACUGAUUUAAUAUUACAAUGUAAGAAUAUCAGUCAUUGUUAGUUCUUGUCUAGUUUUCAUUAAAAGAACAAAGAUCUUUUAUAUGGAUAUCUUAUAUAAUCAUUGUUAAGUAAGAAGUUAAGUUGUUGCUAAUGAAAUGAUCCUGGCAGACAACUGAGUAAUAUUUUGAUGAUUUAUUUUGUUUGUAAUUAAUUAUAAAAGAAAAAAUCUAGUUCUUAGAUAUUAGAAUAAAAUUUAUUUUCUACUGUAUCCAUUUCAAAUGUUAAAAUAUUGUUUAAAUAUUUUUUGAAAUCCCUGAAUAUCAGGCCUUCUUAUAAAUAAGCUGCAUAAUCAGUAGAUCAAGGGACUUUUUGUUGAUAAUCCAAAUACUCAAAAAGUUUACGUAUAACAAGAAUUAUAAUAAGUGUGAGUGCUUGUGCAUACUCUUGAGGGAUGAUUAUGCUGCAAUUUAGCAUGUGGGAAAGUAUAGAGAGAAGGUUGACCUUUUGCACUUCUGUAUAUAGUCAAAUAAAAAUAAAGAGAGAAACCUGUAUAAUAGUAAGAUCUUAUUUUGAAUAAAAAUGUCUAUAAAUACAAGGAGUUUUGUUAAGGCUUAUAAAAAUGACAGGCUGAACAAAAUUGCUUGCAAAAAAGUGGCACAGAAUUAGCACUCCAUACCCCUUUGAAAAAGUGGCUUUGCUUUAUGUGAACAGCUUCUAGUUUGCCAGGAUUCUUUCAGCUGGAAAGAUUGGCCAUCCUUCUCAUGACUAACAAAAGCUGCACUGGUCUAAAUCUGCCUGAAGAUAAUUUCUGAUGAGACAAGAAAAAUAAAAAUUAUUUUUUUAAAAAUGAAAUUUCAGAAAAACAGGUACUUCCAACCAUUAAAGGUAAAUCAUGGAUCUAAUAUGUCUUACAUUACUCAAAACAACUACUGCAUGUUUCAAGUAUCAAGGA